UGUGUAUUAAAUGUUCAUCUUUGUGCCUCUCUAGACUGAAUGAUGAAGGUGUGGGUCAUCUUCCUACUGUGCCUAGCUGGCCAGGCUUUCACCGCUUCCAUUGUAAGUGUCCCUUUGUUGUGUGUGUGUGUGUGUGUGUGUGUGUGUGUGUGUGUGUGUGUGUGUGUGUGUGUGUGUGUGUGUGUUUUUGUGUGUGAGUGUGUGUGUGUGAGUGUGUGUAUGCCUGCCUGGUGUGUGUGUGCGUGCGUGCCUGUGUGUGUGUGAGUGUGUGUGUGUGUGUUUGUGUGUGAGUGUGUGUGUGUGUGUGUGAGUGUGUGUGCCUGCCUGGUGUGUGUUCACUUGUAUUGACACUGAAAAAACAUGGUAAGCAAUCAUAAUAACACCAUGGUCACCAUUUCAGGAGGAGCCCAUCGUUGAUGAUGUUGUUGAGGAGGUAAGGUCAUUGACUUGUUUACAGAAUUGUUUACAGGUGUGCUUAGUGGAAAAACAACAUCACACAUCUUGAACAUACCCACUGGGCACACACUGGUUGAAUCAACGUUGUUUCCACAUCAUUUCAAUAAAAUGUUGUUGAACCAACGUGAAAUAGACGUUGAAUUGACAUCUGUGCCUAGUGGGUAGAGAUACUUUCACAGGUGGGAGCGAAUUAGGAAUAUUGUAGUAUAGGAAUCAAAACACAGCCAGAUGAAAAACAUUGACACUAGAUUUAUUCUUUACUCUCUCCGGGUCACUUUUGACAAGUUAACAAAGUUAACAGUACAACUUUGAUUGAAAUAAUUUAUUCUCAACCAUUUUGUGGCACAGGACUUUUCCCCUUGAAUGUUGACCAUUUCCUGUAAUGUAGCUUGAGAGAGAGAGAGAGAGAGAGAGAGAGAGAGAGAGAGAGACGAUGAGCUAGCAGCGGAUGACGAAGAAGAGUAGCUAAUUUAUGACUGAAUGGCGUAUACGUCUGCUAUCAUCCUCGCUCCUGUUCCGCACCUAUAGAAAGUACGACUACAUUUCCUCUCUUGACCUUCUCAUACGCGUCUGCUUCUUCUCUCUGUGAGAGCUGCGAACCGAAGUAUGCUUAAUCCCCUAUUCUACAGCUGUUACAGAAACCAUACUUUAAUGGCUUCACCACAUGUGGCUCAGGCUCUAUCCAUCCCAUCCAGCUGCAGGCUGCUUGUUGUUUUUAGACGUCUGCUAGUCUCUCUCUCUGGACCUGUCUGAAGUACAGACGUCUGCUAGUCCUCUCUCUGGACCUGUCUGAAGUACAGACGUCUGCUAGUCCUCUCUCUGGACCUGUCUGAAGUACAACGUCUGCUAGUCUUUCUCUCUGGACCUGUCUGAAGUAGAGACGUCUGCUAGUCCUCUCUCUGGGCCUGUCUGAAGUACAGACGUCUGCUAGUCCUCUCUCUAGACCUGUCUGAAGUACAGACGUCUGCUAGUCCUCUCUCUGGACCUGUCUGAAGUACAGACGUCUGCUAGUCCUCUCUCUCUGGACCUGUCUGAAGUACAGACGUCUGCUAGUCCUCUCUCUGGACCUGUCUGAAGUACAGACGUCUGCUAGUCCUCUCUCUGGACCUGUCUGAAGUAGAGACGUCUGCUAGUCCUCUCUCUGGGCCUGUCUGAAGUACAGACGUCUGCUAGUCCUCUCUCUAGACCUGUCUGAAGUACAGACGUCUGCUAGUCCUCUCUCUGGACCUGUCUGAAGUACAGACGUCUGCUAGUCCUCUCUCUGGACCUGUCUGAAGUAGAGACGUCUGCUAGUCCUCUCCUCUGGGCCUGUCUGAAGUACAGACGUCUGCUAGUCCUCUCUCUAGACCUGUCUGAAGUACAGACGUCUGCUAGUCCUCUCUCUGGACCUGUCUGAAGUAGAGACGUCUGCUAGUCCUCUCUCUGGACCUGUCUGAAGUACAGACGUCUGCUAGUCCUCUCUCUAGACCUGUCUGAAGUACAGACGUCUGCUAGUCCUCUCUCUGGACCUAUCUGAAGUACAGACGUCUGCUAGUCCUCUCUCUGGACCUGUCUGAAGUAGAGACGUCUGCUAGUCCUCUCCCUGGACCUGUCUGAAGUACAGACGUCUGCUAGUCCUCUCUCUAGACCUGUCUGAAGUACAGACGUCUGCUAGUCCUCUCUCUGGACCUGUCUGAAGUACAGACGUCUGCUAGUCCUCUCUCUGGACCUGUCUGAAGUACAGACGUCUGGUAGUCCUCUCUCUGGACCUGUCUGAAGUACAGACGUCUGCUAGUCCUCUCUCUAGACCUGUCUGAAGUACAGACGUCUGCUAGUCCUCUCUCUGGACCUGUCUGAAGUACAGACGUCUGCUACACUUUAUUCUGCAGUGCCCCUUGAUAACUGAAGAGAUUUAGCUACAGCUUCAUUUUCUGGUAAUAAAGUUGUGCUACCAAAUUAUCAGCAUUGCCCAUAGCUUAUGUAGAAUACUGUUAUCUUUGACAUGGUAUAUUUUUACUUUAAAUGUGUUGAAUCAAACUGUUGAAGUACUAUAUCUCUAGUGACGGCUCCAUGUUGUGAUUGGUUUGUUUCAGGCACAGCCAGAGGUGGGGGCCAACCCAGUGCAGGUAGAGACUGGAGACUUUGACGAGGCCAUCGAUGUGGAGGAGGAGGAUGUCACCGAUGAGAGUGAGUAAUAGCCAUUGUAAUCACUAAUCACUACUGUCGCACGACAGACACUGUGAGAAAAUAAUACCUAAUCACCAAUUCCUUCUGUGAAGGAAAGCUUAUUUAAAGUCCUAGUUUACCACAUAUUACAACGAUAAUUGGGAACAUUCACCAAGCUAACAGUCUGCCUGGCUACAGUAAAUUAUAGCUAUUAUUGUAAAGUUAAAACACACAAUAGCUAGUACAGGGUUCCCCAACUGGCGGCCCACAGGACAAAUUUGGCCCACGGGGGGGAUUUUAUUAUUCCCGAAGUUAUCUGAACAAAGAAGAAGAAAAAAGGUUUUAUAGUUGUAUUAUUUUAUUUAUAAACGAAGACUGUAAAAAUAAAUCAGCUCCAAGUGAUUUUAACUUUGGAAAUCUGCAUAAUACAGAGACACGUGAUCUUAUGCAAAUGUAAGCAAGGUUUAAGAAACAUUUUUAGUCAAAUAUUAUAUCUGUUUGGGCUUCUUGUGAUCAAUUUGCAGUCUACAAAUUAUUUGUAAUUACGUUCCGUCUCCCCUGACCAUCCACUCAAGAAAAAAAUCGGAAUCUAGUUGAUGAUCCCUGGGCUAGUAUAUAUUUUAGGCUGCUUAGGUUUAGUAGAGGUGUGACAACAUAAAUCAAAUGAAGCUGUAUGUUGGUGCUCCUUUGCAGUGGGCGUGUUGUGAGAUGUUGGCUAGAUGGUAGAGAGAGAGAGGGGGGAACACGUUAGAAAUGACAGAGUACUUCUGUCUCAAAAGAGAGACCUAUCAUUAUGUGUUCCACCCAAUGGUUCCACCAAGCUUCUUGGAAACUGAAAAUAAACCCUUCUCCUAAUUGGCAGGGGCAACCGCCACACUCCUUCUCUGCUAACUACCACCAGGAAUAUCUGUCUAUCUGUUUAAUAACUUAGCAGGAAAUUCAAGGGCAAAAGAACACUUCCGAUAUGUUCCAUUUUUUAUGUUCCAGAAUGUUUGAACAUUUUUUGUUGAUUCCUUUGUAGACCCCUGCUUGAACCACCACUGCAAGAAGGGAAAGGUGUGUGAGGUGGAUGAGGAGAACACCCCCAUGUGUGUCUGCCAGGACCCCACUACCUGCCCCCGCUGCCCUUGGAGAGUUUGAGCAUGUGAGUUAUCAUCAUAGAAAUCAUAUUCUACUCUGUUCAGACCGACAUCCAGUAGGUCUAGAUAUGUCUCAUAUAUAACGCUCUUCCUAAUAGAACCUUGACCUGUACAAUAAUGCUACUACUGAUAUGCAUCAUUGGCUCAUUCUUGAAAUACUGUAAUUUCUGUCUGAUUCAUGAAUGUAAUCUGUGUAUCCCAGGUUUGCGCCACCGACAACACAACCUACGACUCUUCCUGCCACUUCUUUUGCCCACAAGUGCAGUCUGGAGGGGACCAAGAAGGGCCACAAGCUGCACCUAGACUACAUCGGGUCAUGCAAAUGUGAGCUACGCUUUAUAGUUACAAACAUUCAUGGAUUUAAUUUUAUUAAAUUCAUUGCAAUUCAAUGUAUUAACCCGCCCAGGUUGAGAACGUUUUAAUACAACCAUUCAAUUCAGUGCAAUCAUUUUCACCUUUUUGAGAAUCCCCCUUAAAUUUCCUCUGAGAGUCCAUUCCCACUGUGAUUGGUUAUGCUGUCUUGGAGCUGAAAGCUUCUCCACAGAGAAUGAUUCAUGGGCUGAACUAGAGGGGACCUCGCCUUAAGGACCACAACACGGGGCAGGCUGUAACAUGCUCACUGCAUUGCUGCCCUUCUCAAACUACCGCUGAAUCUGCAGCUGAAUGUCUGUCAUUAAACAGAACCAAGCCCAUGCAUCUCUCUCUGCUGGUGAUGAGUACCUUAGGACUGAAGGGCACAGAUGGAGAUCAUGUUGUUGCAUGUCGUGGAGCUCCAACAACAAAAAAAAACUAGUGGCCUCUAAAUGUCAGGUACAGUAUUUAACCAAGGGAUAAAACAAAAGGUACAAAAUCAUUGCCUUAGGGACCGUGCGCAUCAACCACACAUUUCAAUGGACACAAAUGUCACAUUUUGUGUGAGUUUGUGGGUUUUAUGUUCUAUGACAAAAGGCUGGACCAUGAUGGUUUGAGAAAUGGAAUUGUAGAUUUUGACUUGAAUGUCCUACUUGCAAAACAACUUUUUGACCAAGACUUACUUGACUUAAUUAAAUGAAACCCUUUGGCUCCUUGGGGACCAUAGGUCAUUGAACAAACCUUCUCCAGCUGUUCCUGGGUCUUCCCUGUUUCCCUUUCUCUCUGACCAUACCUAAUGUUUCUUCCUGUGUGUCUCUCCAGUCAUGGAGCCCUGUGUGGACAGAAUAGCUCUAACAUAUACCUCAUUCUUCUUCCUGUUUAUUUUUCCAGUCAUCGAGACCUGCAUUGAUGCUGAGCUGAAUGAGUUCCCCCUGCGUAUGAGGGACUGGCUGAAGAACGUUCUGGUCACCCUGUACGAGCGCGAUGAGGAGAAUAACCUCCUGACCGAGAAGCAGAAGCUCAGAGUAAGUCCACUUAGCCAUUUCUAUAUGCACAGCACAGAACCCAUUUACUGCACUAUGUUUUGCCUACUGAGGAAGGGUCAACAUCAUUAUUAAACACAGCACAGAACCAAUUCAUUUUGCUUGCGUUCAUUUACCGAACUCUGCGGAUGGGUCGAAAUAAUUAAUAAACCAAAUAUGAUUAUAGGAUUUGAUGUUCUGCUCUCACUAUGAUGUCGACUCCUUUGUGCAUCGAAUCCCACUGGGAAUUAUUUAUCAGUUUGUUCAAUUCAAAAGAUUAUUAGACAAACUAAUGUUUGCAAAAAUGUUACUUGCCUUGCAGGUGAGGAAGAUUUAUGAGAAUGAGAAGAGACUUCAGGCUGGAGAGCACUCCCUGGACCUGCUGGCCCACGACUUUGAGAAGAACUACAACAUGUACAUCUUCCCCGUCCACUGGCAGUUCGGUCAGCUGGACCAGCACCCCCCGUCGAUGGGUAGGUAGAGGAGAAGAAGAGUUUGUCUUCUGCUUCAGCUGGAUUGUAUCAACAUCACACAAAUACAGGCUUGCUUGGGCUAUACCUUUGACUCAACUCUGUGCCAGCCAGGACAUCAAUACUGAAACUGAAAAUGUCUCAGAAAGGAUAUUAGCAGCAUGCCUGAAUGUAUUGUUUUAUAAGCAAAAAAGCAACUGACAGUGCUACAUUGGGGCUGUUCAUACUUCACAAUACUGACUUUUAAAUGCCGAAGGAUCAUAUGGGUAACAUGUUUCUCUAUGAUGUUUUCUAGGGUCUAAAACUACAAGCUUACAAAGCCUUUAUAAAUCCUUUAUAAGGCCUGCAUAGAUGCUUCAUAACAGGUUUUCUGUGGCGUUGUAGGUUCCUGUCCCACACAGAGCUGGCCCCCCUGCGCGCUCCUCUCAUCCCCAUGGAGCACUGCACCACUCGCUUCUUCGAGGCAGUGCGGACGGCCGACAAUGACAAGUACAUCGCCCUGGAGGAGUGGGCCAACUGCUUCAGCAUCAAGGAGCGUGAGUAGUUUUAACACCCUCAUUCACAGUUUACACUCAAAAGAAACUAGGAGGACCGAGGCACUCUGUUACAAUGCCUUUAUUGUUUGGUGUCCCCAAAUGGCACCCUAUUCCCUACAUAGUGCACUACUUUUGACUAGAGCCCUAUGGGGAAUAUAGGGCACAGGGAGCCAUUCUGACGCAGCCACGUCUUCCCGUCCUUCUAUUUUACGGUCUGGUUUUGAUUUUUGAAAUGGUUCAUAGCAGGCCAUUUCAUUAUUGCUUGUUAAUGGAGGGCUUGUUUUUUUUUUUUUUUCUGUUUUCAGAGGAUGUCGACAAGGACCUUGUCAUCUAGCUCAUCAGCUGACCCACAGUACGAAAACUAGUCUCAAUUGGGACGAGGUGCUAAGCUGAUCCCUAAUUUAAAGAAACACAGUAACGGUGGCUAAUUGCAAUGAAUUAACGACCUACCUAUACCACUACAAUUGAUGAAAAAUGAGACGGUGCCAGUCUGAACUAACAAUCACGAAACGUGGUCAUGAUGCAACUUCAAUUUUUUCUCUCGUUUGUGCAAAGAAAUAAUCCUUUCUAACCAGAUAGAUGAAAAUAAGUAACAGAAAGAGACUUGUGACGGAGGGACGGAGAUGUAAAUGUAUGACUCUGUAUGUUGAAUGGGUUGUGAUAAUGGUUGUUGUUCACAACAUUGAUAUUGUUUUCACUUGAUUUUGAUUUAAUUUAAUAACAUCGAUUUGAAAAUUCUUUGGAGGAGACAAAUUUGUAAAAUCAAAAAUAAAGUUUCUAAAUAAAUGCUCCUUUCAUUUUGCUUUGUAAACAUUUUUAGUUGUUUUGCACUCUUUGGUGGUGGACUCUUUCAUUUUUCAUCUUCAUUGUUUUGCUUGACUUUUGACUACUGUUUUUAAAAUUAAGGCCUGACUAUCCACAGGUUUGUUUUCUUACAUAGAUUCUGUCACACAACAAGGCAUAGUGAGAAAUUAUUAGACAAACAAGGAAAUUGUUAACUCUUGAGAAAGCAUCUCGCAGUUGUUUUCUACCCAAACCUUUUUUUUACCCCCUUUUUUUAGUGACUUUAUACCAUGCUAAUUUUGUGCUACUUGACCUGUGUCCGAAAAUAAAAUGGUAAACACUUCACAGUGAGGCUAAAUAUAUUUUCUGGACAUGCAGAUAAAUGAAAAGCCGAUUUUAGCUGGGAUCUCGGACUGAUGGGGUUAACAAAUUAAAUGUUGGAUUCACGUCUCCAACUAAAACCAAAAUAAAAGUUAAAGAAACUGAUUAAAGCCAGUAGUUCAGAUGAAACUAUCCAGGCAUUAUAUAGCUUGUUGAUAUUUGGUUGGGUUGUCAACCAAACACAAUUCAAUAUGACUAUAGUUAAGGCUAUCUCACAAACGAAUGUAUUUAUUCAACAUCAAAAUGAGUAACACAUCCAUGGCCACAUUCUGAGGUUAGUGUAACUAUAAAUGUCUUCUUACGUAAUCAUAGAAAGCGGUGCAUUGCUCAAGAUAGUGUGCAAAGGUUUCAGGUCUGUGGAGAUCUUCACAGUUGCUAUAAUAAUCUGCGCAGAAUCUCGAACAGCAUUGAUCAUGUACUUUUAAUGUACUGUUAAUGUACUAUUAAUGUAAUCUCAACUGCAACCCAGGUCAUUUGGUUGUUCUAUUAGAUGAAGCACAGUGAUAACACAUUAAGUUGUUGUAUAAAUACAAAAUAUCUGAUAUUGAAAGCGCAGUGAUAAAAACCCGACAUUGUUUUUUUCCAUUGUAAUUGUUGAAAGCAUAGUGAUAACACGUUGGGAAUCCAACACAUUUCCGGCUGUCUUUUUUGAGUAUGUGAAAAUAGGUUGGAAUCUCAUUGAUCAAUAUCUAUCUUUUUGAGUGGGUGAGUAAAAGUUGAAACGUCUCAACCAAAUAUGAACCCACAUUUCUAAAAGAUGGCGUGGUGUGCCCAGUGGGAUGCCUGUCCCUAAAGAAGGUGGAUUGUGAUCAUAGACUAAAAGUCUAUACAAGUAGAGCUCAAAUGUAAUACUGUAGGCUACUAGCACUAGAAUACAUGACUUCUCUUACUAUCUGUUAACUGGGGUGGAAAUACAAAGUCGAACAGGAGACUGAAUUCAGCUCCGGUGAUUGAAUUGAAGAGAGUCAUUUGAGCUAACCACAAAGAAUGUGAGCAUAGCUUUCUCCCUAUAAUCAGACAGGACAGUGAGCGGUUUGUCUGGAACCAAACGCUACCCAUGAGCCUUUGUGAUUCUUGGAGUAGCAUCUUGUAUUGUCCCUGCUUGACUUGUUUGACCACGCCUGAGUAAAUGUCUGGACUGAGUCUGGCCCAUACACUUUAUGCACUUUGUAUAUAGUAUACAGUACAUAGUUCUGCUCUAGACAGACGGUAAACUGGAAAGGAAUAUGACCUCAACUGCAACUCAUUAUAAACCAAAGUCAGUUGAAUUGAAUGUGUUAAUGUGUAUUAAAUGUUCAUCUUUGUGCCUCUCUAGACUGAAUGAUGAAGGUGUGGGUCAUCUUCCUACUGUGCCUAGCUGGCCAGGCUUUCAUUCACCGCUUCCAUUGUAAGUGUCCCUUUGUUGUGUGUGUGUGUGUGUGUGUGUGUGUGUGUGUGGUGUGUGUGUGUGUGUGUGUGUGUGUGUGUGUUUUUGUGUGUGAGUGUGUGUGUGUGAGUGUGUGUAUGCCUGCCUGGUGUGUGUGUGCGUGCGUGCCUGUGUGUGUGUGAGUGUGUGUGUGUGUGUUUGUGUGUGAGUGUGUGUGUGUGUGUGUGAGUGUGUGUGCCUGCCUGGUGUGUGUUCACUUGUAUUGACACUGAAAAAACAUGGUAAGCAAUCAUAAUAACACCAUGGUCACCAUUUCAGGAGGAGCCCAUCGUUGAUGAUGUUGUUUGAGGAGGUAAGGUCAUUGACUUGUUUACAGAAUUGUUUACAGGUGUGCUUAGUGGAAAAACAACAUCACACAUCUUGAACAUACCCACUGGGCACACACUGGUUGAAUCAACGUUGUUUCCACAUCAUUUCAAUAAAAUGUUGUUGAACCAACGUGAAAUAGACGUUGAAUUGACAUCUGUGCCUAGUGGGUAGAGAUACUUUCACAGGUGGGAGCGAAUUAGGAAUAUUGUAGUAUAGGAAUCAAAACACAGCCAGAUGAAAAACAUUGACACUAGAUUUAUUCUUUACUCUCUCCGGGUCACUUUUGACAAGUUAACAAAGUUAACAGUACAACUUUGAUUGAAAUAAUUUAUUCUCAACCAUUUUGUGGCACAGGACUUUUCCCCUUGAAUGUUGGACCAUUUCCUGUAAUGUAGCGUUGAGAGAGAGAGAGAAGAGAGAGAGAGAGAUAGAAGAGAAAGAGAGAGAAGAGAGAGAGAGAGAGAGAGAGAGAGGAGAGAGAAAUAGCAGAGAGAGAGAGAAGAGAGAGAGAGAGAGAGAGAGAGAUAUAGGGAGAGAGAGAUCGAGAGAGAGAGAGAGUUCCCCCGGAGAUAAGAGAGAGAGAGAGAUAUAGAGAAGAGAGAGGGAGAGAGAGGGCAGAAUCCCACAGGUUAUUAAUACAGCGGACAGGAAACCAUGACGUUUUAAUGGCUUCACCACAUGUGGCUCAGGCUCUAUCCAUCCCAUCCAGCUGCAGGCUGCUUGUUGUUUUUAGACGUCUGCUAGUCCUCUCUCUGGACCUGUCUGAAGUACAGACGUCUGCUAGUCCUCUCUCUGGACCUGUCUGAAGUACAGACGUCUGCUAGUCCUCUCUCUGGACCUGUCUGAAGUACAGACGUCUGCUAGUCUUCUCUCUGGACCUGUCUGAAGUAGAGACGUCUGCUAGUCCUCUCUCUGGGCCUGUCUGAAGUACAGACGUCUGCUAGUCCUCUCUCUAGACCUGUCUGAAGUACAGACGUCUGCUAGUCCUCUCUCUGGACCUGUCUGAAGUACAGACGUCUGCUAGUCCUCUCUCUCUGGACCUGUCUGAAGUACAGACGUCUGCUAGUCCUCUCUCUGGACCUGUCUGAAGUACAGACGUCUGCUAGUCCUCUCUCUGGACCUGUCUGAAGUAGAGACGUCUGCUAGUCCUCUCUCUGGGCCUGUCUGAAGUACAGACGUCUGCUAGUCCUCUCUCUAGACCUGUCUGAAGUACAGACGUCUGCUAGUCCUCUCUCUGGACCUGUCUGAAGUACAGACGUCUGCUAGUCCUCUCUCUGGACCUGUCUGAAGUAGAGACGUCUGCUAGUCCUCUCUCUGGGCCUGUCUGAAGUACAGACGUCUGCUAGUCCUCUCUCUAGACCUGUCUGAAGUACAGACGUCUGCUAGUCCUCUCUCUGGACCUGUCUGAAGUAGAGACGUCUGCUAGUCCUCUCUCUGGACCUGUCUGAAGUACAGACGUCUGCUAGUCCUCUCUCUAGACCUGUCUGAAGUACAGACGUCUGCUAGUCCUCUCUCUGGACCUAUCUGAAGUACAGACGUCUGCUAGUCCUCUCUCUGGACCUGUCUGAAGUAGAGACGUCUGCUAGUCCUCUCCCUGGACCUGUCUGAAGUACAGACGUCUGCUAGUCCUCUCUCUAGACCUGUCUGAAGUACAGACGUCUGCUAGUCCUCUCUCUGGACCUGUCUGAAGUACAGACGUCUGCUAGUCCUCUCUCUGGACCUGUCUGAAGUACAGACGUCUGGUAGUCCUCUCUCUGGACCUGUCUGAAGUACAGACGUCUGCUAGUCCUCUCUCUAGACCUGUCUGAAGUACAGACGUCUGCUAGUCCUCUCUCUGGACCUGUCUGAAGUACAGACGUCUGCUACACUUUAUUCUGCAGUGCCCCUUGAUAACUGAAGAGAUUUAGCUACAGCUUCAUUUUCUGGUAAUAAAGUUGUGCUACCAAAUUAUCAGCAUUGCCCAUAGCUUAUGUAGAAUACUGUUAUCUUUGACAUGGUAUAUUUUUACUUUAAAUGUGUUGAAUCAAACUGUUGAAGUACUAUAUCUCUAGUGACGGCUCCAUGUUGUGAUUGGUUUGUUUCAGGCACAGCCAGAGGUGGGGGCCAACCCAGUGCAGGUAGAGACUGGAGACUUUGACGAGGCCAUCGAUGUGGAGGAGGAGGAUGUCACCGAUGAGAGUGAGUAAUAGCCAUUGUAAUCACUAAUCACUACUGUCGCACGACAGACACUGUGAGAAAAUAAUACCUAAUCACCAAUUCCUUCUGUGAAGGAAAGCUUAUUUAAAGUCCUAGUUUACCACAUAUUACAACGAUAAUUGGGAACAUUCACCAAGCUAACAGUCUGCCUGGCUACAGUAAAUUAUAGCUAUUAUUGUAAAGUUAAAACACACAAUAGCUAGUACAGGGUUCCCCAACUGGCGGCCCACAGGACAAAUUUGGCCCACGGGGGGGAUUUUAUUAUUCCCGAAGUUAUCUGAACAAAGAAGAAGAAAAAAGGUUUUAUAGUUGUAUUAUUUUAUUUAUAAACGAAGACUGUAAAAAUAAAUCAGCUCCAAGUGAUUUUAACUUUGGAAAUCUGCAUAAUACAGAGACACGUGAUCUUAUGCAAAUGUAAGCAAGGUUUAAGAAACAUUUUUAGUCAAAUAUUAUAUCUGUUUGGGCUUCUUGUGAUCAAUUUGCAGUCUACAAAUUAUUUGUAAUUACGUUCCGUCUCCCCUGACCAUCCACUCAAGAAAAAAAUCGGAAUCUAGUUGAUGAUCCCUGGGCUAGUAUAUAUUUUAGGCUGCUUAGGUUUAGUAGAGGUGUGACAACAUAAAUCAAAUGAAGCUGUAUGUUGGUGCUCCUUUGCAGUGGGCGUGUUGUGAGAUGUUGGCUAGAUGGUAGAGAGAGAGAGGGGGGAACACGUUAGAAAUGACAGAGUACUUCUGUCUCAAAAGAGAGACCUAUCAUUAUGUGUUCCACCCAAUGGUUCCACCAAGCUUCUUGGAAACUGAAAAUAAACCCUUCUCCUAAUUGGCAGGGGCACCGCCACACUCCUUCUCUGCUAACUACCACCAGGAAUAUCUGUCUAUCUGUUUAAUAACUUAGCAGGAAAUUCAAGGGCAAAAGAACACUUCCGAUAUGUUCCAUUUUUUAUGUUCCAGAAUGUUUGAACAUUUUUUGUUGAUUCCUUUGUAGACCCCUGCUUGAACCACCACUGCAAGAAGGGAAAGGUGUGUGAGGUGGAUGAGGAGAACACCCCCAUGUGUGUCUGCCAGGACCCCACUACCUGCCCCGCUGCCCUUGGAGAGUUUGAGCAUGUGAGUUAUCAUCAUAGAAAUCAUAUUCUACUCUGUUCAGACCGACAUCCAGUAGGUCUAGAUAUGUCUCAUAUAUAACGCUCUUCCUAAUAGAACCUUGACCUGUACAAUAAUGCUACUACUGAUAUGCAUCAUUGGCUCAUUCUUGAAAUACUGUAAUUUCUGUCUGAUUCAUGAAUGUAAUCUGUGUAUCCCAGGUUUGCGCCACCGACAACACAACCUACGACUCUUCCUGCCACUUCUUUGCCCACAAGUGCAGUCUGGAGGGGACCAAGAAGGGCCACAAGCUGCACCUAGACUACAUCGGGUCAUGCAAAUGUGAGCUACGCUUUAUAGUUACAAACAUUCAUGGAUUUAAUUUUAUUAAAUUCAUUGCAAUUCAAUGUAUUAACCCGCCCAGGUUGAGAACGUUUUAAUACAACCAUUCAAUUCAGUGCAAUCAUUUUCACCUUUUUGAGAAUCCCCCUUAAAUUUCCUCUGAGAGUCCAUUCCCACUGUGAUUGGUUAUGCUGUCUUGGAGCUGAAAGCUUCUCCACAGAGAAUGAUUCAUGGGCUGAACUAGAGGGGACCUCGCCUUAAGGACCACAACACGGGGCAGGCUGUAACAUGCUCACUGCAUUGCUGCCCUUCUCAAACUACCGCUGAAUCUGCAGCUGAAUGUCUGUCAUUAAACAGAACCAAGCCCAUGCAUCUCUCUCUGCUGGUGAUGAGUACCUUAGGACUGAAGGGCACAGAUGGAGAUCAUGUUGUUGCAUGUCGUGGAGCUCCAACAACAAAAAAAACUAGUGGCCUCUAAAUGUCAGGUACAGUAUUUAACCAAGGGAUAAAACAAAAGGUACAAAAUCAUUGCCUUAGGGACCGUGCGCAUCAACCACACAUUUCAAUGGACACAAAUGUCACAUUUUGUGUGAGUUGUGGGUUUUAUGUUCUAUGACAAAAGGCUGGACCAUGAUGGUUUGAGAAAUGGAAUUGUAGAUUUUGACUUGAAUGUCCUACUUGCAAAACAACUUUUUGACCAAGACUUACUUGACUUAAUUAAAUGAAACCCUUUGGCUCCUUGGGGACCAUAGGUCAUUGAACAAACCUUCUCCAGCUGUUCCUGGGUCUUCCCUGUUUCCCUUUCUCUCUGACCAUACCUAAUGUUUCUUCCUGUGUGUCUCUCCAGUCAUGGAGCCCUGUGUGGACAGAAUAGCUCUAACAUAUACCUCAUUCUUCUUCCUGUUUAUUUUUCCAGUCAUCGAGACCUGCAUUGAUGCUGAGCUGAAUGAGUUCCCCCUGCGUAUGAGGGACUGGCUGAAGAACGUUCUGGUCACCCUGUACGAGCGCGAUGAGGAGAAUAACCUCCUGACCGAGAAGCAGAAGCUCAGAGUAAGUCCACUUAGCCAUUUCUAUAUGCACAGCACAGAACCCAUUUACUGCACUAUGUUUGCCUACUGAGGAAGGGUCAACAUCAUUAUUAAACACAGCACAGAACCAAUUCAUUUUGCUUGCGUUCAUUUACCGAACUCUGCGGAUGGGUCGAAAUAAUUAAUAAACCAAAUAUGAUUAUAGGAUUUGAUGUUCUGCUCUCACUAUGAUGUCGACUCCUUUGUGCAUCGAAUCCCACUGGGAAUUAUUUAUCAGUUUGUUCAAUUCAAAAGAUUAUUAGACAAACUAAUGUUUGCAAAAAUGUUACUUGCCUUGCAGGUGAGGAAGAUUUAUGAGAAUGAGAAGAGACUUCAGGCUGGAGAGCACUCCCUGGACCUGCUGGCCCACGACUUUGAGAAGAACUACAACAUGUACAUCUUCCCCGUCCACUGGCAGUUCGGUCAGCUGGACCAGCACCCCGUCGAUGGGUAGGUAGAGGAGAAGAAGAGUUUGUCUUCUGCUUCAGCUGGAUUGUAUCAACAUCACACAAAUACAGGCUUGCUUGGGCUAUACCUUUGACUCAACUCUGUGCCAGCCAGGACAUCAAUACUGAAACUGAAAAUGUCUCAGAAAGGAUAUUAGCAGCAUGCCUGAAUGUAUUGUUUUAUAAGCAAAAAAGCAACUGACAGUGCUACAUUGGGGCUGUUCAUACUUCACAAUACUGACUUUUAAAUGCCGAAGGAUCAUAUGGGUAACAUGUUUCUCUAUGAUGUUUUCUAGGGUCUAAAACUACAGCUUACAAAGCCUUUAUAAAUCCUUUAUAAGGCCUGCAUAGAUGCUUCAUAACAGGUUUUCUGUGGCGUUGUAGGUUCCUGUCCCACACAGAGCUGGCCCCCCUGCGCGCUCCUCUCAUCCCCAUGGAGCACUGCACCACUCGCUUCUUCGAGCAGUGCGACGCCGACAAUGACAAGUACAUCGCCCUGGAGGAGUGGGCCAACUGCUUUAGCAUCAAGGAGCGUGAGUAGUUUUAACACCUCAUUCACAGUUUACACUCAAAGAAACUAGGAGGAGCGUGAGUAGUUUAAACACCUCAUUCACAGUUUACACUCAAAGAAACUAGGAGGACCGAGGCACUCUGUUACAAUGCCUUUAUUGGUUUGUGUCUGAAAUGGCACCCUAUUCCCUACAUAGUGCACUACUUUUGACUAGAGCCCUAUGGGGAAUAUAGGGCACAGGGUGCCAUUUCUGACGCAGCCACGUCUUCCCGUCCUUCUAUUUUACGGUCUGGUUUUGAUUUUUGAAAUGGUUCAUAGCAGGCCAUUUCAUUAUUGCUUGUUAAUGGAGGGCUUGUUUUUUUUUUCUUUCUGUUUUCAGAGGAUGUCGACAAGGACCUUGUCAUCUAAGCUCAUCAGCUGACCCACAGUACGAAAACUAGUCUCAAUUGGGACGAGGUGCUAAGCUGAUCCCUAAUUUAAAGAAACACAGUAACGGUGCUAAUUGCAAUGAAUUAACGACCUACCUAUACCACUACAAUUGAUGAAAAAUGAGACGUGCACAGUCUGAACUAACAAUCACGAAACGUGGUCAUGAUGCAACUUCAAUUUUUUCUCUCGUUUGUGCAAAGAAAUAAUCCUUUCUAACCAGAUAGAUGAAAAUAAGUAACAGAAAGAGACUUGUGACGGAGGGACGGAGAUGUAAAUGUAUGACUCUGUAUGUUGAAUGGGUUGUGAUAAUGGUUGUUGUUCACAACAUUGAUAUUGUUUUCACUUGAUUUUGAUUUAAUUUAAUAACAUCGAUUUGAAAAUUCUUUGGAGGAGACAAAUUUGUAAAAUCAAAAAUAAAGUUUCUAAAUAAAUGCUCCUUUCAUUUUGCUUUGUAAACAUUUUUAGUUGUUUUGCACUCUUUGGUGGUGGACUCUUUCAUUUUUUCAUCUUCAUUGUUUUGCUUGACUUUUGACUACUGUUUUAAAUUAAGGCCUGACUAUCCACAGGUUUGUUUUCUUACAUAGAUUCUGUCACACAACAAGGGCAUAAGUGUAC